AUAAUAAUAAUAAUAAUAAUAAUAGCAGUAAUAGUAAUCAUGAUAAUGUUAACGAAUAUGAUGAUAAUAAUAAUAAUAAUAAUGGUGAUGAUGAUGAUGAAGACAGUUCAACUAGUCGUUAUAGUACUGCAGAAUCAUCACCAUGUGAAGACUUUGAACCAAAUAUUAAUCAAAUUAAUCAAAUAAACAACCAUAAUAUUGAUAAACAAAAUAACAAAAUUAUUGAAGAAAAAAUGGAUAAACUAAAACAAAAUAAAAAUAUAAAAGAAAAAUUAACAAAUUCAACAAUGAAUAAUCAAAGUGUAGCAUUAGAAUUUCGAACAAUUGUUCAACGAGAUGAAUAUGGUUAUGGAUUUCGAGUUUGUGGAAAUAAACCAGUAUCGGUACAUAAUGUUCGGAAAGAUGGUAAUGCAGAGAAAGCUGGUCUCAAAGCUGGAGAUCAAAUUAUUGAAGUGAAUGGUAUUUCGGCCAUUGAUCUCAAUCAUGAAGAUGUCGUUGAGCAGAUUCGCUCGCGAAACCAAGUCUCUUUAAGACUCAAAAGAUUACGUUAUCAAGUGGUCGAUGGCUUAACUGGAUAUCGAGUAGGCUCUAUGAGAAACUUAACUUGUAAUGAAGCUCCAAUUUUGAGAUCACAACAACGUCAUCAUUACCAAAAACGUCGGUCAGUUCGAGAGUCUUCAUCAACAGGAAAUACAGCGUCUGCUGUAGUUAGACGAAGACCUCGUCUUGGGACGCAAACAUUCAAAAUAGCCCGAAGUUGUUCACCCCCUCCAUUAGUGUCGGUCAGUUCAAUGAAUGAUUCAAUAGGUCCACAUACAGAUGAAGAUAUUGAUUGGAGAAAAGAAGACGAGACUAACUUAGAACCUAACCCCAGUUUAUCUCCCCAAAUACCUCCAACCAAUGCAGCUAGCUUACCUCCCACAUCCAGAAUGGUUCGACCUCGUUCUAGUAUUGGUCCCAGUGAUCAUACCAGUAAAGAAAGACCUGUUAGUUCAGGACCUGAUAUGUUUGGCCUCUUCAAAAGGGGCUCAGUCAAGGACGUAAAUCAUCCAGAAUGUCUGAGGGAGGAAGAUAGUUCUAUGGAUGGAUCAUCCCGUGAUACUACAACUGCGAAUAAUAAGAAUAACAGUAAUGGGAGUGGUAGUACUAGCAGUUGUAGUUCUAAAUCGUUAUCUCGAAUGUCUUUCCCUGGUCAUUCUAAAUCUAAUGGUACAUCAAAUAAGAAAGCUACCGGUAAUCUCAAGGAUCAGUCAACGUUUUCUAGCAGUACACCACCUCUUGGUCGUGUUAUGGGUAGGAAUUUCGACGAUGAAGGUGAAAGUGAUCUUAGCAUUGCAAAUGAUCUUGCUCACUUAUCAUCAGAAUUCGACAGUGCAACGUCAGUAAUGAAUAGUCCGGCUAAGUGUGCUAUGUUUAUCGAUUACUUGUUUUCUCAUAAACGAGAUCCUACAUGGACGCUUUUUCACAUUGUCAAUCAAUACUUUCAACGAUCAAUGGCUUCAUCAAAAGAAUUGAUUAAAGACGAAAAACGUGUUUGUCUGGAGAUAUUUACAACGUUCCUACAUGAAAAGUCUCCAUUGCGUUUAGAUGUAAGAACUCCAGUUGUGUUGAAGUCAUUUGAUUUUAAUGAAUGCUCGAAAUUGUUCAAUGUUAUUGAUCAACAGUGUUUGAGUCAGAUUGAAGUACAAGUUUCCAAAUUAGCUGAGGCAAUUAAUCUAGGUAUGGAUACAUGGUGUCUUUCUGAGCCAAUUGAUUUCGUUCUGUUUCGUAAUAAAGAAGAAGAAUUGGCAUGUUUCGAAUCGCGUCUAAGUAGUUACCUUGAUGCAUUGCAUCAACUGUUUACCGGAAGUUGUACAGAUAAUCCAAUUGCUCUUAGCAUAUGUCGAUUGCCAAACACAUCUGGAUCAGUUACAUAUGAACAAAUUACUCAGGCGAUUACUACUUGUUUGGUUACAGCUCACCGGUAUUAUUCCAUGUCUCAGAUAUCAAGUGCCGAUUAUCCUGAAACUAGAGAUUCUGGACAUUCUAUUAGACAUAGUCUUUUUGCAAGGUCUUUUGAAAAUUUAACUACAUCCGCAUUGGGUUUAGGUAGUGUAUCAGGUAGCAUUGGAAGUGGGCUGUCAUCUGCUGGUUCACAUUUAUGGACAAAAUUAACUCCAUAUUGUGCUAAGUCAAAACAGAAAUCACAUUCUUUGCUCAAUCGUAAAAGUAAAUGGUCUCACAAAGGUCAUUUAUUUUAUGAAUACACUUUCGAACGUAUUGCUGAUUGUGGUGUUUGUGGAUUUUUAUUAUGGGGACUCAAUUCACAAGGUUUCAAUUGUAAUAAUUGUGAUCUAUUUAUACACUUAAAAUGUAAAAAUGGUAUUCGAGAUCAUUGUGGUAGAGAAGGACGUAGAACAACUGGCGUCACGUCUACAAAUGUUUUAGGCGGUAUACUUGGUAGUAUACCAAAUCUCACAAUUGAUACACAUGUUCCAGGUAACACACCGAACCAAACGAAUGAAUCAUGCAAUAAAGGUCCCUUAAAUCCCAGUCAAAUUGGUUCGAGUGAUUUUAUCCAUCACGGUUCUAUUCAUCGACGUUGUGAUUCUGAUACACGUCAUAAACAAAAGAAAGCUAAUACAUUAAAAGAUUUUCAUCUCUUACCCUCAUUUCUUCAUCGUAACAACAAUGCUAACUCAGUUGAUAAUCCACUUGACGCUGUUGCGUCACUAGACGAGACAAUUAAUUCAUCUUGUCAAGAUAGUACUUAUAGUUCUGGGUUGAAUGAAACUUCUUCAAUAUCAGGCAAUGGGGUUGGUGACACAUCUAUCAACUUUCCUUCACCAGGAUUAUCUAAACGUGAUUCCAUUUCAUCAAUGUCAGUUGGCUCCACAUGUCAAACUCCUGUGGAUUCUUAUUUACAAUCUGCUAUUGGUCAAACAGACAAAAUUAAAUCGAACGGAGAGGAAUUUGGGAUUAUGGGCAAUGAUUCGCAUAUUAAAAUUCCAUUGGAUUCGAGAUCAUCAUCACGUCGUCGCUUAAGUAUAACAGUUAAACAAGGUUAUGUAAAACAAAUGAAAAAUCUAUACGAAGGAAGUGAAAUCAUUCAAGAAAUAAUUCCAACGUCUCGAAGCGAUAGUGUCGUUUCGAAUAUUUCCUCAAAUCUACCUACACCAAGUAGCUCAACAGGUCCUUGUGAUCGUCCAGUCGAAACAACAUCAUCACCAUCUUCAUCAUCGUUAAGCAGUCCUAUUUCAAAUAUCAAUGAGACUGUACGUGAAUUAGUUACUACAGACUGGAGUGAUGAUCCAGAAAUGAUGGCAGGAGCAAGUUUUGAAGCAGCAGUUGAACUACGAGCUCAGUUUCCUAAUUUUCAAAUGCCUAGUAAAGGUCAAAAAAGUGAAGAGUAUAUUCGUACACUAGUUCUAUUGGAAUUUCAUCAAAAAACUCAAUAUAUGGUUCGCCAUUUGAAACAAUACGAAUAUUUAUUAUUACGUCGUUGGCCUGUGGAACAUGCAAAAUUGGCUAAACUUUUAUGCCUUGAUCAAAUUCCUAUAUUAAUUGAUCUUUUCCGUAGUCUCGUUACUUGUAUUGAUCAAACAAAAACCGAACAAGGUUAUCGUGGUAUGGCUGAAGCUGUUCUAGCCUGGUUAACUGAUAAUUCAUCAGCUAAUUUAAAAAUAUGGGCUCGUUAUUGUCAAGCUCUUUCAUGCUCAAAUAUGUUAGAAAGUGUUCGACAUUCUGUUCGUGAUUAUGUACGCCGACAUCCAGAUAUUGUACCUUUAUUACAAACUAGGCAUAAUAAAUUUGUCUUAAUUGAAGGUUUAAAACAAAUGCGAAUUCUUUACUUUAAUUUACCAUUAAUUGCGAAUAAUAUUGCAAAAGAUUUGGAAAAAAGAACUAAAGUAUACAAAGGUGAAGCUAAAAUUUGGCAACAAAUUCAACUUAAAUUGGCCAGUUUACCACAAACUAUCGAUAAUGUUUGUAUGCCUCUUGUUAAACGAAUUAAUCUUGGUCAAUUAUGUAAUAGUUUGGAUAAAAAAGAUAUUUUGUCUAAACCACUUCCGGAUUUAUUAUUACCAUUUCAGCAUUUGCUUUUAAACUUUCCUCGUGUAUUAUUUCAUCAUUGGGUUGUUGCACAUGCCGAAGUAACAGUUGAUAAAUUAACAGCGAAUCGAUCAAAUAAAGUAAAUCAUGAUUAUAUUUGUGAACGAACUGAAAUGUUGGCUAUUCUCUUGCACAAUGCACUUAUGUUAAUGGUGAAGGAUGGUGAACGUUACAUUUUACGUAGUUUUAAAGCUGUACGUGAACAAGGCGGUGGCUCUAGUAGUAGCGGGAACUCCAGUACUUCUGCUUCUAAUAGUAGUGCUGUUGAACGUAUUUCCAGUUUCGGAUCGCCUGGUACACCUGGUGAAAAAGAUCGACCAAACUCAGGCAAUAUAUCUGGUUAUUCUUCUAUCUCUUCAUGCAGUUCUCUUAGUUCUUAUUCACCUAAUUCAAAUGCUCAAUCACAUACAAGCCUUGUUUCGGCAGCAGCUAGUGCUGCAGUCGCCAGUAUGACUGAUCGUUCGUCAACAUCGUUGGGAAGCUCGAAACUUGUUCCUAUAUUCCCAUUGAUAGAUGUGUUUACUUCAUGUGGUGAAAAAUUUGGUGGUGAUCAUCUAUUAAAUAUCGUCUUUAUGAAGCAAACAGUUUUGAUCCGGUUAUUAUUUUCAAAAGAAGAUGAAAGACAAAAUUGGUCAGCUUAUAUUCAAGAAAAUAGUGUGACUACACAAAGUAUUGAUCGACAACGUAUGUUGAAACCAACUGCUUCCACCGCUGCCGCCUCUUCAUCACCAUCGUCAUCUACUCAAAGUCGGUCGACAAUCGGUAUAACUUCUGAAUCGCUCAUUUCUAAAACUUCAUGUAAUACACCUACAGCUGAUGACAUUUCAAUUAUUACUCCUCAACCAUCAACCCAAGAUUUAAAAACUUCAUUCGGUAAACUUCCUACUACAUCAUCAACUACUACAAAUAAUGAUAAAACUACACACCCAUCAGAUAUUAACAACACUGAUCAAAUUCCUUCCGGAGAAGAAUCCACUGUAUUUGUUGAUAAAUUACAAACCGCUAUGAAUGAACUAUUAGAACAAACACAACAAAUUAUUUGUGAAAAAUAUAAUAUAUCUAAAGAAGAAUUAGCCAAUGCAAUGAAUGAGGGCGAUGACGUGGAUGAUAUCUUGAAUCCUGGAAAAAUCCUAUUGUUCCAGAUAAAAUAUUUCGCAAAAUGUUACAAUUUAAUAACUCGAACUCUUACUCCACAACCUUCAACAUAUUUUCUAAAUCAAAUACAAAAUCAUCUUGAAUCUAUAAACGAUGAGGGUCAUCAACAGCUCGAUAUGUUAAUGCGGCAGAAGAAAAGACAGAGCUCAUUGUCAUGGACAGAAGGUUAUCUAGAGUCACUUAGCCGGAACCCCGUACUAAAUAUUGGAAGCAAUAAAGUAAUUGGCAGUACUGAAUCAGAAAGAUCUCGGUUUAAUGUUGUCGAUGCUCAACCAGAUGACUCUAUCUCCAAAGCUACACAUUCUUCACCAAACCUAGUAGGUUCAGAUAGUGAACGUAGUCGUAUCGAGAUUCAAGACAAGCGAAAAUCGAAAUGCAGAUCAAGGAAGUCUGAAGCAGGUCCUGUUUCAAAUUUAGAUUUCACUUUCUUUGAUAACUUAUUGAAUAAAGAAUUGAUUACAAUGGCUCCAGUAUUUACAAAAUCUGUCAUGUGUUUGUGCAAGUUAAUUCAUCAAGACCCAUCGCCGAAUAAUUUACUAAAAGAAUCUACUAGUUCAAGAAAAAGUUUAUCAAGGCCAUCUGUUCAAAUCGACUCGCAAGUUCAUUGGACUAAAGUUGGCGAUGUUGAAUGUCCGGUCAGUGGAAGUACUGAUGAAGUUGAAGAUGAAGAAGUUAGAACAUUGGCGAAUUCUAUCAUUGAUUUGUCUUGUUCACAAGCAACUGACACAUUAAACCUGGACACACUUUCCACUGAACAAUCGGAUGCAUUGCAUAGUGGAUUUGAUUUAUCUGCAAACAAUUCAGAUCAAGAUUUGAAUUCAGUCGCUGCACAACUAGUGUCUGAUGUAUUGGAAAAUGCCAAGAACUAUUUCUCAAAUCAUAUCACAAAAUCUAAUGAUCCAGAACAGAAAACAAUGAAUGUUAUUCGUGACAGCGGAUGUGCACCAUCUGCUACAGAUGAAGAUGAAGAUUAUUAUUAUGAAGAAGAAAUUGAUGAUAUUGAUGAUGAUCACGCGAACAACGAUGAAACGGUGGAAGAAAUAUCAGAAAAUCAUAACGAUAUUUUAACAUCAUCUGGAACUAUUUCCACUUCAGACACUUCAACUCCUAAAUUCGUGGGCGUUGCUUCGAUAUUUGAUGAUGCUUCAUUGGAUCAAAGCAAUCAGUUAGAUAAAACACCGCCUUUACACGAUGAUUUAAUCAUUGAUAACGAUGUUAUUGAUGUUGUAGCACCAUGUCCUGCUAUUUUUAUGUCUGGAACUACCACUUCUAUUGAUCCUUCUACUAUUAUUACAACAGCAGCAAAUAUUAUUACUAACACUAAUACGACGAUAACAACAAAUAUUGGUCGUAAUGACUCUCAGAAGUCAACCACUUCAAGUGGAUAUGUCGACUCUAGUGAUGAUUAAGAUUAGUAGGCAAUAUUCUUCGAAUACCCUCUCAAACACUAAUUCAAAAAAAAGAAAUUAAUGUCCAGUUUAUCAGUAAUGAGUUGAUCAACCUCGUCAUAAAAAAUCAUUAUUUUUAUUGUAUGAUAAUGAUAAUCAGAAUAGGAAGAUGGGUAUGUCUUCGAUCUAGAUUAUAUUUGUGUGUGUGCUGUAUAACGUUGUUUUGAAUAACAUGCAUUUCAUUUGCGACGCUGUUUAUUUUCAAGACUUAUCAUGUCUUUAGCCCAUCCUUUUUGCAUAUAUAUAUAUAUAUAUAUAUAU